CAGUAAUUCACAAUACGCACUCAAUGAGUUGCCCGCUUCGCACAAGAUACCUACUGAGGUUGAAUUCGACAAGGCUACAGAGCAUAAAAUAUUAGGACUCGGUUGGUCUACUGAUAAUGACGACUUUUAUUUUAAAAUCGACCCUCCUGAUUUGGACUCAGUGUGUACCAAACGCACCAUAAUGUCAACGAUCGCCCGACUUUGGGACAGAAUGGGUUUCGUCGCGCCAACUGUAUUGGUAGCUAAGUUAUUAAUUAAGAAACUAUGGCAGCUGAAGGUGGAUUGGGACGAAGUCCCGCCCGACCAGGUAGUAAGGCUUUGGCGACAAUUUUGUCGCGAACUGCCGGCGCUUAAUGAGAUAAAAAUCCCUCGUUGUCUCAGCGUCGCGACUGGUUGCGAGGUGACCUUGGUAGGGUUCGCAGAUGCUAGUGAGCAGGCGCAAGGCGGCGUUGUGUACGUGCACGUCGCUUCUCCGUCGGGUAAUGUGGUCCGCCUUCUCUGCGCGAAGUCCAAGAUAGCACCCACCCCGCCCCAUACGAUUGCUCGUAUGGAGCUUUGUGCAGUUCUUUUACUGUCGAAAUUAUUACGCUCAGUACUUGAAACGUAUAAUUCCCGCAUUCCAAUUAGGGUCCGCGCCUACACAGAUUCCAAGGUUGCGCUUUAUUGGAUAAAAAAUUCGCCUCACCGUUGGCAAACAUUUGUUGCCAACCGUGUUAUUAAAAUAAAUGAAAAUGUAUCCGCUGAAAACUUUCAUCACGUCGCGGGGACAGACAACCCGGCCGACUGCCUGUCGCGCGGCGUCGACCCCUCCAAACUGAAAACCCAUCCGCUGUGGUUUAACGGGCCGUCCUGGCUAGCAUCGAAUGCUUCACAGUGGCCUUCCUUUGAUGAAGUUAACGAUUCCACUUUAGACGACGUUCCCGAACAAAGGAACCUAGUUCACGCUGUUUUGACACCUGCUGACGAGUGUAGUAUUUACCCCGCUGCUUCUCGUUCCUCGUCAUGGACCAAACUCCUGCGAAUAAUCGUAUAUAUAUGUAGGGUUUUAAAACUAUUACCACGCCGCGAACCUACGUGUAUUACCGCUACUGACUUGGAGUACGCAGAAACUAAAUUGCUGCAAAUACUCCAAAACAAACAUUUUAAAGAUGAGUUAUUAAAUAUUAAAAAUGACUUGCCUGUUUCCCCGGUGCUUAAUAAAUUAAGACCGUUUUUACACAACGACCUAAUCCGAGUUGGCGGGCGACUCUCCAAUUCCGAUUUAGAUUUCGAUAAUCAACACCCGGUACUUCUGCCUCGUGAUGAUCACGCGGUUAACCUGAUAAUACAAUAUUAUCACAAAAAAUAUUUGCACGCAGGGCCAGAGUUGCUCCUGUCAUUACUUCGCCAGAAGUACUGGAUUCUAUCUGCUCGGCGCGUAGUGCGGAGGAUAGUGCACCAAUGCAAUGUUUGUUUUCGCGCGCGCCCGCGUCCGACUUAUCCGCUGAUGGCUGACUUGCCCGACUGUCGCACGAAGCAAGUUACGAAGCCAUUCACCCACACAGGUUGUGACUACGCAGGGCCUAUCGCUUACACUCCUGUUCGUCGCCGUGGAGCUAAGGCUAUGAAGGCCUAUAUUUGCGUCUUCACAUGUCUUACCACUCGCGCACUACAUAUUGAGGUAGCGACUGACCUGAGCACCGCCAGUUUUUUGGCCGCUUUAAAGCGUUUCUUGUCCCGCCGAGGCCCGGUAAAGGUCAUGCAUUCUGAUAGGGGAACUAAUUUUGUCGGCGCUAAUUCUUACUUACGCGACCUUUACAAAUUUCUAAACAGCGACGAAUUCAGUUGCAGUCUCAAGCAGGAGCUCACAGAAAACCGAAUUGAAUGGAAAUUUAACUGCCCAGCCAGCCCACAUUUCGGGGGGUGCUGGGAGAGCAUGGUGAAGGUGGUGAAAGAUUGGAAGAUUCACCUAUUUAAAGUGAUUGGUCAACAGCUGCUUUCAUAUGAAGAGCUGACGGUGUGA